UGAAACAUUUACAGUGCUGGUUGAAAGUUUGUUUAGAAAUGUCUAUACUGUAUUUCUGCUAGAAUGUGACCCAAAACAUGUCCUAAAAAGUCAUAAAAAAUAAAAAUAAAAAUGCAACUUCUUCGCAGUUAGCUUUUCUUGCUAGGAAACUUACCUCACUAGCUAACAAGACAGUCACGGAUCGAGAGCACGAUCGUGAAACUAAAAUAUCUUAAAUAACACAAAAUGUAAAAUACAAUUGUGCUUGGAUUGAAAAUAAAUACAAAUAAUAUAUAUAAAGUACAUAUCAGUUUUUUAAUGUAUUGCUAAACAGCUUAUUUCCAUGUAACAUUAUCACCAUCACCAUCAUCUAUUAUCACCUACUAUUUUCCUGCUGGCUACUUUCCAAAAUAUUCAAAGAUGUGAACGAAACUGCGAAUAAAAUGAUUGAAAACAAGCAACGUGAUCGCUUUAUUUUAAAACGUUUCUUCUAUCAACGGCACUAUUUUAGUCAUUAUCUAUAAAAUAUGUUUGCAAUGAAAGUUACAGCUACUCACGACAAAAGAAACACCUACAUUGUCCACCAUGCGGUCAAUGACUUUUCCGAACGUAUACUUAUCCAUCAUUAUUGGUGUCUUUAGUGAAAAUGAUAUAUUAUUGGCUGGUAGUUAUUAGCUAGUUAGGUAUAUUUAGCCUUUACGCUACAUCACUACAGGGAAAAAACAGCUCUGGCAGAACACAUUGCAUCAUGUUCAAUAAACAAUUAGCGUUAAGGGACACUCGACAGAACACAAACACAGACUCACAGUCAUUACAAGCAAUAUGCGACAUGCCUGUUUAUCCGUACAAGAUUUAGCAGAAUUUAGGCUUUUUAAAUAUCUUCCACCGUGAGCUGAUCUUCAUAUAAACUUUUGCCUGCGUAAAUCUCUAUUUUUGUAUGUUUGCAUCCACAUGUUAGGCUUCAUCUCACCACACCAUGGAGCAUGUUCUGGAAAUCAUGGACAUAUAAGAUGACUAUGAUGACUCUGUGACGAGAUUUUGUUGCAUUCUCAGCAAGAUCUUAUGCUCCUUAACAUUAAGUUCCAGGUUUGUUCACAUGUGGUUUAGAGUACACAGACUUCUUACCAUGCUGAGUAACAACAAGGGAUGGAAGCAGAUUGGACAUAUGUAAAGUGCCACUCCUGGUGUUUGUGCUUUGAGCGUUUCGGCCCCCCACGGGCUCGGACAUGCAGCGAGGCCGGAAUGCUUGCGCCGUGGAGUUCUUUGGAGCCACGCUGGUCAAGGUGCGUCUCAGGAUGCGUCUUUUGGGCCCUCCUGGAAGUGGAGGGACAGAAACAGAUGUGUUUGUGUUCGCAUCAGAUAGUUCUUGUAACACUUUAUCCAUGUUGCUCCGAGACUCCUGUCUAAGCAGGGUUAACUCAUCGGCCACUUCCUUCCUCAGACCGUCUAUGCUGUUCAGAAUCUGCUUGAGAAGAAUCACACACUCAUCCUUUUUGCUCUCCUCCGUUGUCUGCUCAUUCUCCAACUCCUCUGACGUCUCUUCCCUGAUUUCCUGAGUUUCUUCGACCUCCGUCCUAGGUGAGUUGUCCUCCAAGCCAUCUUGUUCCAUUUUGGUCCUGUCCAGAUGCCUGGUGACUUGCUGCACCAGCUGUAGCAUUCCCAUCUUGCUCGCCUCGUGACAUGACUGCGCUCGAAUCUGAUUUCUCACUAGAGAGAAAACAGACUGUACUCUUCCUGGUUUGUACAUGGAAGCAGACUGUUCCUCACUGUCUACCUUCAUCUGGUCAAGUUCGAGAGCAAGAAUAGCAGUGACGUUGCCUUCUUUCCCAACUUGUACCCUUUCCUCACCUUCAACUUCUCCUCUGCUAUUUUCCUCCACUUGUACUUCGAGCUGAUCAGGGACGGUCGUCAGUUCGUUCUCGGCCGUCCUUUCACCCAUGAUGAGUUGUUCUAUAUCUUUUUAUUCUCUCCGCGUACUUUUGAGUUGCUCACUGAUCCCUUUCUUCUUCCCGAGUGUCUUUGUGAUAGCGUGAAAACUGAUGGAGUAACCAAACAGGGACUUAUUCCCCACAGAGAUGCCACCUAACCAACACACUUCUAAGAAGCUUACAAACUCUUCUCAGGGGAAAUACAUCAUUACCUAAUGCACUUCAAGGUUAAUUCCCCUCAAAUACACAUUUCAACUCCAGACCUUUCAAUUUGACCUCUAAGGACAACAUAAAGAGCUGUGCUACAUUCUACUCUCUGUAGACCAUGGUGUCAUUAUCUUUUCUGCAUCAGAACUAAGAUCUCUGUUUGCUUUUAUACUCGAUCGCUGAGAUUACGAUGGAAUGAGAUUACUGCCAGAGUGAUGCUGGGUUAUUAAGUUCACAUGCAGAAUUCAACCAGUGUAACACCAUAUUGAAAGAAGUGCACUUAAUAACCGCUUAUAAUGAAGUCCCAUGAUACACAAGGGUACAAACGCUCCUGGGAAUAACAUUGAGGAAUAGGGGGAGAAAAAAGAGAUCAGGUGGAGCAGAAUGCGAGACAUUAUAGACAAUUAGACUGUAUAGACACUCUGAAAAACAACAGAAAACACACAUAUGGAGCUGAAGAGUGGCGUGACUGGGAGGAGUGUGUCUGCAGAAUGACUUUGCACUUUCUGCAUCUGCUAUCUGUGAUCCUCCAAAAACCUCUUCAUGUUCGUAAUCUGUGAAGUCGAACGUAUUACGAGUGCGAACACAACGAACGAAGCAGUCGUGCAUUCUGAGAAGAAAGUUGCCAGAAUAAGUUACGUGUUGAAGGGUAACUCGUAUCUUAUAUCUUUUAUAGUCCACAUCAUCACGAAGCAAAAAGGAGAAAAUCCAGCCAGCCAAUGAGAAACCAGAACAGCUGCACCUCCUCUUUUCUCUGUGCUCCAUAUGGGCAAACAGCUGGAUGUCCAUAAAAACCCAUGUAAAAGCUGCUACUGACGUAAAAAGAGAGAUGCCGUGCUUAUACAAUAUCCAUGCUUUUUUAAUCAAAAUGCCAUCUCUCUUUACUUAUUUUCAAACACGUAGGCUGAAAAGUAUCAUCAAAUUUCAAGAUACACAUGCAGACGCUUCCUUAACGUCCUCCGUAAUCUUUGCCUCUUUAAUAUAUAGCAUAUAAUCCGAUGAUGACAAACACGUAACGAAGAUCGACAUGUUUUAGAUUUCAGGGAUAGAUCUAAAUGUUUAUUGCUUUAAAAUAUAGAUACUUUUUGAGUCACCCAACAUUAAUAUGUAUGUUUUUACAUCCAAAUAUCGUGGUCAGGGUAGUAAUUGAGCUGUUAUAUGAUCUCUGGGAUAUGACCCGCCCUCUCUGCUCUCUGAGGCAGAGCUAUGAGAUCCUCCCUCUGUUUAUAUUUGGGACCAGAACACAAAUUUCACCUGAAAUCUCAGGAGCUGCAGAACAUUAAAAUGACUUCCUACACGGAUAAAGGUGAAAAACACGAGCAGGGCAAGUUCAUCUGCUUCGACCACCUCACUUUCUGGGUGGGAAAUGCUAAGCAGGCCGCUUCCUUUUACUGCAACAAGCUUGGAUUUGAGCCUCUGGCAUACCGCGGUCUGGAGACAGGCAGCCGUGAUGUCGUCUCUCACGUGGUCAAGCAGGGAAAGAUUAUUUAUGUCUUCUCCUCUGCACUCAAUCCUGGUAACAAAGAGAUGGGGGAGCACUUGGUGAAACACGGAGAUGGAGUCAAAGACGUGGCCUUCACUGUAGAGGACUGUGAUUUCCUCGUGCAGAAAGCCAGAGAGCGAGGUGCCAUCAUCCUCAAGGAACCUCAUGUGCUGGAGGAUGAGUUUGGCAGCGUGAAAUUGGCCGUGCUGCAGACAUAUGGAGACACGACUCACACACUGGUGGAAAGAAACGGAUAUACAGGACUUUUUCUCCCAGGAUUCCACACUCCACUCUUCCGUGAUCCACUCCUGGAUCAGCUGCCGUGCGGACAUCUAGAUUUUAUCGAUCAUGUGGUGGGAAACCAGCCCGAUAACGAGAUGUUGAAUGUGGUGGAAUGGUACCAGAAGAACCUCCUGUUCCACCGAUUCUGGUCUGUAGAUGACAAACAGCUUCAGACGGAGUUCAGCGCCCUGCGCUCCAUCGUGGUCGCUAACUACGAAGAGACGGUGAAGAUGCCUAUCAAUGAGCCUGCCAUUGGUAAACGCAAGUCCCAGAUCCAGGAGUAUGUGGAAUAUUACGAUGGUCCUGGAGUUCAGCACAUUGCCAUGAACACCUCAGACAUUAUCAAAGCUAUCCGUAAUCUAAAGGAGCGUGGCAUGGAGUUCAUGUCUGUGCCAAAUACCUACUACGAGCAGCUCCAUGAGAACCUAAAAAACUCGAAGGUCAAAAUCAACGAGGACCUCAGCACUUUAGAGGAGCUGCAAAUUUUGGUGGACUACGACGAUAACGGUUACCUCCUCCAGAUCUUCACCAAGCCGGUUCAGGAUCGGCCCACCGUGUUCCUGGAGGUCAUCCAGAGGAACAACCACCAGGGCUUCGGUGCUGGAAACUUCAAGUCUCUUUUUGAGGCAAUUGAGGCAGACCAGCAUGCCAGAGGGAACCUCACUGUCCUCAUGCCCAAUGGGACAUCUGUGGAAAUCUAACCCAGGACUUGUUUACCAGCAAAUCCAAUCAUCUUUUUUGU